AUGAUUGAGACCCAACUUUAUCAACUAGCUAGCACUAUCAAAGAGCAACAAGUGCAUACAAGUCUCCCACCCCAAGGUCAACCUCCUAAGCAAAUGUAUGCAAUCAUGACAAGGAGUGGGAAGACUUUGGAUGAUGUUCCUAGAGCCAAUGAGGAUCCUAAGUCCAAUGGGAAGGAUCAAGAGGGAUUCGUUGAGUCUAGCGACAAUAAUGUGGUAGAAGAGGAGCCUCCCAUCGAUGAUGUGGGAGACACUCUUAUACAAAAAGAGGCAACUCUUCUACCUCUCCCCACUCUUAAACUUCCCUAUCCCCAAAGAUUCAUAAGGCACAAGUUAGAUGUGCAAUUCUCAAAAUGUCUUGAGGUUCUUCGAAAAUUGCAUAUCACUCUCCCCUUUAUGGAUGCGUUGAAACAAAUGCCUACCUACUCAAGAUUUCUUAAGGAAAUCUUGAAUGGGAAGCGGAAUUGCGACGUAAAGGAGACGGAGCUUGAAAUAAGCAAUGCCUUGUGUGAUUUGGGUGCUAGCGUUAGUAUACUACCUUAUUCGGUGUUUUCCAAGCUUGACGUUGGAGAUCUUGUCGCAACUAACAUCACCUUGCAACUUGUCGACCGUUCGGUCAAGUAUCCUAUUGGCAAGGUUGAGGAUGUUCCCCUAGUGGUUGGCGAGCUUACUUUCCUUGUGGAUUUCGUCGUCUUGGACAUUGAUGAGGAUGCCCAUACCCCCAUUAUCUUGGGGAGGCCAUUUUUGGCCACCGCGGGUGCUCUUAUCGAUGUGCAAGAAGGACUAAUCACUUUGAAAGCGGGAGACGCCAAGGCUAGUUUCAAGCUUGCAAUUGAUGAACAUUGUUGCUCUAAAAUGAAAAGUUGCAUGAAAAUUGACACUCUUGCUUGUGUUGAGGACAACCACUCUUGUGCUAAUUCUUCUAACAAUUUUCAUGUUUCUAAGUGUGCUAAUGAGCUUUCUAGGUCCUCUCUUGAUGACAAGAAUGUCCAUGGAGUCCCAAAGGCGCUUGGGGAUGAGCUUGAAGAUGUUGUAACCAUCCCCGAGAUAUUUGAAAUGCAUGUUGAUGAUGAUAAUGGAGCUAAACCCUCCAAAGUGUUUCAUGGAUCGGCUAAGAAAGCCAAGAAGUCAGCUAAGAGUCCAUCGAGUCCCGAGGAGGGGCAUGUUGGUGGAUUAUUUGGUUUCCGCCUCUUGAAUGGUGAUGUCGGUAAGAUCUUUGUGCCCAAAGGGGCAAAGAAAUGCAUGUUGACUAGUGUUAACCCAAGGUUGGUUGUCUUUGACCCCCCUUGA